CUGGCACUCCCGCGUCCACUUGCCCCGACCCGCCGCACCUGCCUGAUGUCGCCGCCCCUCAAUCGGGGCACUCGAGUCCACCCUGACUCGGCUGGCAUGUCGGCCAGCUCCAUCAAUGCCGAUGACCAGGAUGCCGGCUCUCUGUCGGCCGCCGAUUUCGAGACCCAAGUGAUGGGGGCCUCGGCCUCGUCCUCUGCCUCCGCCACCCCGAAGAAGCCCUGGUGGAAGUGGCGCACCCUGCGGCUGAGCUUCACCCUCGGGCUGUCGUGCAUCAUUUUCUUCGCCGAGGUCAUCGUCGGGUCCAUCACCCACUCGAAUGCCCUGAUGGCCGAUGCCUUCCACGUCCUGUCCGACAUGCUUGGCCUGGUCAUCGGCAUUGCCGCGAUCCAGAUUGGCAAGCGCGAUCGCACUCCCGGCAACUAUCGGGCCAAGCGCAUCGAGGUGUUCGGGGCCCUGGUCAACGGUGUUUUUGUCUUGGCCCUCUGUCUGUCCAUCGUCAUGAGCGCCGUCGGUCGCUUCUUCCGGCCAGAAGAAAUUGAGGAUCCCCAGCUGCUUCUGGUGACCGGCUCUAUCGGCCUGGUGGCCAACAUCAUCGGUCUGGUGGUUGUCGGCCACGGCGGCCAUGGGCACUCUCACUCCCACGGCGGACACUCCCACGGCGCGCCGGCCGAUACGCCCCUCCUGUCGGCCGCCGCCGAGGAGGACGGCGACGAUGAGGAUGAUUCUCACAGCCACAGCCAUAGCCAUGGAGAUGACCAUGGCCACUCCCAUGGCGAGCAUGGCCACUCCCACGGCGGCAGCGCCUCGGCUGGGGACGACUCCGCCGGCCACGGCCACGCCCACAGCCACGGCCCUGGGGGCGACCUCAACAUCCGCGGCGUCUUCUUGCACAUUCUCGGUGAUGCCCUGGCCUCCGUGGCCGUGGUCAUCAGUGCCUUGAUCAUCACCUACAGCGACUGGGAAUAUGUCAACUAUGUGGACCCGGCCCUCAGUCUCCUCAUCACGCUCAUCCUCAUCAUGCACUCGAUUCCCCUCGUCCGGGCCACGGCCGACAUUCUUCUGCUCGACCCGCCCAAGCAAAUGAACAUGAACACCCUGCGCGAGGAGAUCCUCGAUAUCCCCGGCGUCCGUGCCAUCCACGAUCUCUAUGUGUGGCAGCUGACCGGCGAGCGCGUCAUCGGCUCGGCCCACGUCGGCAUGACCACCCCCGAGGCAUACGCCGAGAUCGGCCCGAAGAUCCAUGCGGCCUUCCACCGGCGCGGUGUCCACUCGGUGACCAUCCAGCCGGAGUAUGUCGGCCAUGGGCCCAUGGUUGGCCUUCUGCCCUCGCCCGAUGCCCCGGCUGAUGGUGUCAAGUCCGGUGCUCCGACGGCCCCGCCACAGACCCCGAUGGCCGGCCUCCAGUCGCCCUCUCACCACCAUCCGGCCUAUCCGGCCUCCUCGUCCUCCAUGUCCAGUGAUGUUCUGCUGCACAUCAUGGCCGACACCUGCUUCCUAGACUGCUCCUCCCUGGCCGGGACGGAUGAGCGCUGCAAGGCCGGCGGUCUGCCCCGGCGGCGCCUCGGCACUCGUGCCAAUGCUGCCCGUCGGGCCUGUGGCAACCCCAGCUUCUUGGCCGAGUUCGAGAUGGCUUCGAAUGCCGCUGCCGGUGGGGGGACAGGCCAUCCGGUGUCGCCGGCCAGCUCCCCGUGCGCUGGAACUGACACGCACAGCCACCACCAUGGGCACGGCCAUGGGCACAAUGCAUGCGCGACCACGGCAGUGGCUCACGGAGGAGCUCCGUCUGCUCCGGCUGUUGGCACUCUCAUGCCUGACCUCCCCUCCCCCUCGGCCAGCCCGUCGAUGUCCACUUCCCAGUCGGGAUCUUUGCUCGACUGAUUUCCCCUGGCCUCCUCAGGCGAUGAAGCGUGCCGGCAUCAGGACGCCCACUUGGGCAAGGGACACGCUCCACCAUGUCUGCUCGCGCGCCCUCCCUCCAGCGCCUGCCCGCUUCCCCGUAUCCCACACCCACCAGCCCUUGUCUUCUUCUUCUUGUUCUACUUCUUCCUCUUCUUCCCCCCGCUCGUAACUUGCUCUCUUCUCGUUAUACAUGCUCCGCCCCUGCCCGGCCCUCUCUCCCUCCUCAUCCCUCGCCGCUGGCUCUUCCUCCCAGGCGGGAGAAAGUACAGCGACAGACACACGGCGAGAGGCGUCCAGAUCAUCCUGGAAGGGGGGUGGAAACAUGCGCCAUGCAAGGGACAGAACAUAAUAGACACCCCGAAUAGAAAGAGAGACAGAG